AAAGUGCUGCCUUUUGAGGAGCACUUUUUUGCACUCCCAAGCGACCUGCAAGUAAAUGUAGUCGCCUAUCUCUGCGUUCCUGAUAUUUUGAAGCUCAGGCAAGUCUCCAAGAACUGGUUACAGUUCAUUACGGUCAAUGAGACGCCAAUUUCACGAGCAUUCUUGGAGCACAACCGUAUUCCUCGUUUCGCAGUAGAUCUCUACCCUCUCCCGGCUCCGUCAGAGCUGGACUUAUAUUAUAUUAGCGAACUCUGGCGCCGACUGUCCGUGACAUCAAAAUUGUCCACGCUUUUGACAGACUGGAUCACGACAGACAUUUUUCUCCGAAAUAAUGAGACGCAACAGCUAGAGUUUUCGCCCCAGCGAGCACGGAUACGCCGUCGCCUGAUACCUAUCAUCUUCACAAUUGCACACUUCUUCGAAACCUAUCGCCGUCUGCAUCUGCGACAUGUUCUAGAGAAUGGCUGCCCUCUGCUUCCCGAAAACUACAUAAUCAACCCGAUAGAACGACACAUAAUGAAACUGUACGACAACGAGACACUCCUCCAAGUUCAUCAAUUUUUUCCAUUUCUCCUUUCAUAUCUGAGCCGGAAGCUGAGACCACCGUCAUAUUUUGGGCGCUUGGAGAGAUCGCUUCACGGUUAUUCUUGGAGCUCGCUUCCACCGCCUGUUCUUGUCGGAAUCCUUUGUAUUGGAGGAAUGAAGGAAGUGACCAGAAUUUCGAAAAUCGAAAGCUACGAUAGCAGACGGAUGGCCGUUGAUGACUGGUAUUCGGCUAUGUUCCAACAGCCAAUUGAUUAUGCACACGAAACAUACCACUGGCCGUUGGGUCUUAGUCAAAAGAAAUCCAAGCAUCCGUCUUCCGGCGCCGCCCCCAACUCACAUCUGAACCAAACCUGCAACACCCCCACUGCAAGGAACGCUUCCAAUGAUGGCCCAGGCGAUACCAAGGACCUCAAAGGCAAGGGGAAGCAAAAAGCCAGUGCCAGCUCUCUCUCUGUGGCCCGUACACAGCGUCUCUCUGCUGAGCAUGCUCGGGCGCUGCUAAAAGAUCUCCCCACUUUGGAACAAAUCUGGGUCCCCACAGCAGAAGCCUUGCUUCUUGCGAGACGUGCGAUAGAGAGAUGGCAGGACAUCAAGAGGAAUGGCCAAGCGAUGGAUGAGUUGAUCCUUGACGAGUUUACGGCGGCUGAUGAGCUCUUUUAUGGAUGUGCUGAGCCGAGUUUUGAUCCGAGCAAUGUGAAGCGUGGGUGGGGAGAUUUGCUUGAUGGUGAUGGUCAAGAGAUGGGAAGAUAG